UACUUUUGGAUCGAGGUCAACGCGCCUUCUUCACUCACGCGCGCAUUUAUUUUUGGAUUAUUUUAAAAAUAUAAAAAGAAAUUUGCCCCGCCAUUAUCACAUUGAUCAAAACCAACAACAAUUCUGCAAAAACCCCCAAAAAAACCCUAGCAAUGAAUCUUCCAUCUCCAACCAUGAAAUUGACAGAUUAAAUAUAUACAUUUCGCCGGAAAAAAUGGUACUGGCACCAUUUUUAGCGAAAUCUCGACCGUUCAUCAGGCUGCCGAACUUCAAAUCCAUCUCCACCUUCGCCCACCUCUGCCAACAAUCGCAGCCGGCGGAGCCUCCGCCGUCGCAGAAUCCACUACCCCCAAACCCUAAAUCCCUCAGUUCUACCCUCUCUGAUUCUCCCGUAAUUACCGCCGCUCAAGUACACAUCAGCUACGGGUUUCUCCCCGGAAAAUUCGAUGAGCAAAUGAAAUCGCUAGCGAAAAUGCUCGACUCGAAGAGUUUGAUUGAUCAGUUAGCGGAUUGGAUGACGGAACAUCGAUGGGCGGAAGUGAAGCAGCUGUUCGAGUUCUGGAUUAGGUCUUUGGAUAAUAGCGGGAAGCCGAACAAGCCUGACGUGAAUCUGUAUAACCAUUAUUUGAGGGCGAGUAUGCUGUUGGGGACGCCUCCGGGGGAACUGCUCAAUAUCGUGGCGCAAAUGGACGAUUGUGGGGUAUUGCCUAAUACUGCGUCGUUUAACCUUGUGCUCAAGGCUAUGCAGCUGGCCGGUGAAUCACGGGCAGCUGAGAGAUUGAUCGGAAGGAUGCUUCAGAUAGGAAAAGAACACGGGAACUGUUUGCCCGAUGAUGAGUCAUAUGACUUGAUUGUUAAUGUGCUUCUUUCUACAAACCAGAUCGAAUCUGCCAUCAAGAACAUAGAUAUGAUGCUGAAAUCUGGAUAUAUGUUGUCAGUGACUACAUUCAUAGGCUGUGUCCAAACUUGUGUUAAUAAUGGGAGGCUGGAUACCUUGGUAUCAGUUAUAGAGAGAUGCAAGAAAUCGGACCAAAACAAAUAUUUACGUCCUCCUUGGCGUACGUGUAAUUUUAUUGCUGACAUUGCAAUGCAAUCAGAUAACAGCGACUUAACUUAUUAUGCCCUUGAAUUCAUGGCCAAAUGGAUUGCUCAAGGAGAAACAGCGAGCCCCUCUGUUCUUCUCUCUGUGGAUGAAGGAUUAGUUGUCUCUGCUCUCGGAACUGCUGGUCGAACGUACAAUUCGAGGCUCUUGGGUGGCUCGUGGGCUGUACUGAAGCGUUCAUUACGCCAAAAGAAGGUUCCUCGUCCUGAAUCAUACAUUGCGAAAAUUUAUGCUUAUGCUAAUUCGGGGAACCUACAAAUGGCUUUUAGUACUCUACAAGAUUUUGAGGUUGACCAUGGAAAUUCUAACAAAGACGAUGGAGAAGGUCUUUUCUCUCCAUUUUAUUCUCUGAAUCCUCUGGUCGUCGCCUGCUCCAAGAAAGGUUUCACGACUUUGGAUACUGUUUAUCACCAGCUGGAGAAUUUAAGUCGAGCUGAUCCUCCAUAUAAGUCUAUUGCUGCUUUAAAUUGUAUAAUUCUUGGCUGUGCAAACAUAUGGGAUCUUGAUCGUGCUUACCAGACCUUUAAUGACAUCAAUGCAACUUUUGGAUUGACCCCUAAUAUACAUUCAUACAAUGCCCUGAUAUGUGCCUUUGGGAAACUCAGCAAGAGAGAUGAAGCUGUAAAAGUAUUUGAGCACUGCAUUGGAUUAGGUGUGAAACCAAACAUGACUACGUAUUCUCUACUUAUUGAUGCUCAUCUUACUACACGGGAUCCCAAAGCUGCUCUGGCUGUGAUUGAUCACAUGAUGGGUGCCGGUUGUGAGCCAUCGAAGGAAAUGCUAAAGAAGGUUCGGAGGCGAUGUGUUCGAGAGAUGGAUUAUGAAUCUGAUGAAAAGGUAGAAUCUUUGGCCAGACAGUUCAAAAUUCGCAUGGGCACCGAGGUUCGACGUGACCUACUGUUUAAUCUUCACUACAUCACAGAUUAUUCAUGAAAUUUGCCAGGAUGUUCCAAACAUGAAAUGACAGGAAAGCCCUCGUCAGCAAUUUUACAGGAAAACAAAUUUCCGAAAAAUUUUACGUUCUGCUGUCGGAUUUUACCAUAGCUUUCUUUGAGUAAAUGCUUCUGUAAGUGAAGGAAACAUUCGAUAUCAUUGCACUGAUGAAGCCGGUCCAGUUAAAGGAAAGUUCCGUCAUAGACGCCAUUGACACACCUGGAUAGCAGUCCAGAGAUCACACAACUUAAAAAAAUUCGAGUUCAAUUUCCUUUUUUCGGUCGAUGGAUCGUAAUUCUUGUUGACUUACCCAUUACAACAGGGGCUAACGACAGCCAAAGUGGCAGCGGAAUCUGGUUGCCUAAGAUAAACUGUGAAGCAGCAGCACUGAAGAAUGGCUCCAACGCUGUGUUUUGUACACAAACAGAGGCAAGUAGUUAAGGUUUUUAGUUUCUUUGUCAACUUAGUUCGAAUAGAUUCAUUCGUGUUUGUCGAACAUAUACACAAAUAUACCUUUGAUGGUAUGUGUGAAAGAGACAGCAACUGCUGCAAACGAUACGUUUGACAUGA